AUGAACGGAUCUCUGAAAAACGGGUCGACGAAUGGCUCCCAUCGGAACGGAUCGUCGAAGAACGGAUCAGCCACCCACCACGAAGAGAAGCCGCUGCUUUCACGCAAGCGAGUCGCCGAAGCCAUCGCCGAGCAGCCGUGGCCCAAGAAGCCGAGGAUUCUCGAGAAAACCGAUGUCUCGCGAUGGAGGCUGAAUGACGAAGAUGGCCGCCAUCGCUGGGUCUACGUCGAGGACAACCAGGCCCUCAAGGACUGGCCUCAGAGCUAUGCCGAGAAGUACUACCUUGGGCUGCCGCUCGGCCUGCCCGAUCUUCCUUCCCCCGAGAGCCCCCUCGAUGCUGCCACCAACGGCUUGACGUUCUUCGAAAAGCUGCAACUCGACCCCGGCGAAUGGGGCUGCGAAUACGGUGGUCCCAUGUUCCUCUUGCCGGGCAUUGUCAUCACCUGGUACGUGACCAAGACGCCCAUCUCGACUUUCCACGCCACAGAGAUCAAGAACUACCUCUUCGCGCGGGCCGACCCGGAACUCGGCGGAUGGGGACUACACACCGAGGGCGAGAGCACUGCCUUUGGCUGCACCCUGAGCUACACGGCACUCAGGCUUCUGGGCGUGGAUGCCGAGGAUCCCAUCAUGGUCAAGGCCAGGGCGCGGCUCCACCAACUCGGAGGCGCCACGAGCAGCCCGCACUGGGCCAAGUGGUGGCUCGCCGUGCUGGGCGUUGCGAGCUGGGACCUCGUCAACCCUGUGCCCCCCGAGUUGUGGUUGGUCCCGGACUGGGUGCCGAUUGCUCCUUGGAGGUGGUGGAUCCAUAUCCGUCAGGUUUACUUGCCCAUGUCGUACAUUUACUCGAGGCGAUGGAGCUGUGAGGAGACGGACGUGACGCGGCAGCUGAAGAAUGAACUGUUUGUCCAGCAGCACGCAUCAAUCAACUGGAAGGCCCACCGCAACGACAUUGCGACGACCGACAACUAUCACCCCAAAACCUGGGUUCUCAACACGGUCAACUGGCUCCUCGUCAAUGUCUGGGAACCGUAUCUGAAGACCAGCUCGAUCAAGGAGAAGGCCGAAGCGUGGGUCAGCGAGCUGGUUGACAUGGAGGAUGCGAACACGGAUUAUGCAGGUGUGGCGCCGGUGAGCAACUCCAUGAACGAGAUUGUGUGCUACGUUCGCGAUGGGCCCGGUUCGUACUCCGUUCGACGACACACGGAGCGUCUCCACGAUGCUCUCUGGAUGAACGCCGAGGGCAUGCUGUGCAACGGCACCAACGGCGUGCAAUCCUGGGACACGGCAUUCACCAUCCAGGCCAUCAUGGCGGCGGGGCUGGAGAAGGACGAGAGGUGGCGGCCCAUGCUCAACAAGGCGCUCGGGUUCCUCGACCGGCAGCAAAUCCGCGAGAACUGCAAGGACCAGGAGAAGUGCUACCGACAGCACCGCAAGGGCGGCUGGCCCUUCAGCAACCGGGACCAGGGCUACAUUGUCAGCGACUGCGUCUCGGAGUGUAUCAAGUCAGUCAUCAUGCUGCAAAAGAGCGAGGGGUACCCCCAGCUGCUUGACGAUCAGCGCAUCUUCGACGCCAUUGACGCCAUCCUGCUCUUCCAGAACGACACGGGAGGUGUGGGCACCUACGAGAACAGGCGGGGCGGCAGGUACAUGGAGUACCUGAACGCGGCCGAGGUGUUUGGCAACAUCAUGGUCGAGUACGACUAUCCCGAGUGCACGACGGCGUGCCUGACGGCUCUGUCCCUGUUCAGGGAGUACUGGCCGGAUUACAGGGCCGAGGAGAUCAAGGUCUUCUGCGACCGAGCCGUCAAGUGGAUCACGUCGAACCAGACGGCCGAGGGCGGAUGGUAUGGCAGCUGGGGCAUCUGCUUCACGUACGCCGCCAUGUUCGCGCUCGAAAGUCUGGCGGGCGUGGGCGACGUGUACGAAACCAGCGCGCCCUCGAGGAAGGGCUGCGAUUUCCUCGUGGGCAAACAGAGAUUCGACGGCGGCUGGUCGGAAAGCUACAAGGCCUGCGAGACGAUGACGUGGGUCGAGCACCCCAGUGGUUCUCUCGUCGUCCAGACGGCGUGGGCCGCGCUGGCCUUGAUGGAGGCCAAGUACCCAGACGUCGGGCCCAUCAAGAGGGCUAUCCGGUUCAUCAUGAGUCGACAGCAGAGCAACGGCGAGUGGCUGGCCGAAUCCAUUGAAGGCGUCUUCAACAAGAGCUGCAUGAUCACGUAUCCGAACUACAAGUUUAUCUUCCCCAUCAAGGCUCUGGGCUUGUUCGCGAAGAAGUACCCGGAUGAGGUGAUCAAUCUGGAGGAGGAGGAUUGA